UUGAAGCUGAGGGCAGUUUAAAAUGAUGUUAUCAGAUUGCAAAUAAUCAACACAUCUCCUUAUCUAUAUAAGCCCGACUGGUAAGCAAUAUCUCCACAUGAGGUGAAACACAGUUUUCUGAAAAUGUUGUUUCUCAGAAAAUAUUUAACGUGGCAGAUUCUUUUGUUGGGUUUAGCUCUAAGUGUUCUGUACGGUGAUGUAGAAGCUAAGAAAGGGAAGCGGAAAAUUAAGCGGAAACAGCCUGACGAUCCAUUUCUUCCAGCCAUGAUAGUGUUUAAUCUAGAUAAUACUUUGUGGCCUUUUGCUAUGGAAAUAAUGCAGCCACCACUCAAUACCACAAGUGUGAAGCACCAAAUAAAGGAUCGCGUGGGACGUCUGUUCAACAUGUUCCCAGAAGUCCCAGACAUCCUGGAGGACCUUGACAGUCACUGGUAUAAGCUCGGAGGCUUGUCAGAUAACUCGGAUAUCCGCAGGAUCGAAGCAGUUACAGAUCUAUUUGAUGUUGAUCAGUAUUUUAAUGCUUUUGAAUCAAAGCCAGGAAACAAGACUGAACAGAUGCAACGGUUGAGCGAGCGAGCCAAGGUGCCACUGGAGAACAUCCUCUACUACGACACGAACCGGAUAGACCUGGAUGAUAUGAAGGAGAUGAACGUGACAACCGUGUUGCUGGACCCGGAUGGGGGCCUUACAUACGCCCACUUGGAGCAAGGCUUCAAAGUAUUUAGGGAGACGAAGACCAACGCCACGGGGUCCACUACCGCUUAAUCUUUAUUGUUCUUGUCUCAAGAGAAUUGUUGAGAAAAUAAUAAAUAAACUCUGAAUACUAGAGGUU